UCAAGCAGUUUGCUUAGGUUUGUCAGAAAACGACGUGUCGAGGAGCAGGAGGAAGAUAACUCAACUCAAGUUCAGCCGUCAUUCUCAACCAAGACGCCGACUCUUCCGCUAGUUCCUCCUCCACAAGUGCCAAGUAGUAACAACGCGUACAUCAUUUCAGUGUUCAACACCAAGCCCCGUCGUCUCCCGUUACCGUCAAAAUUUACUUCACCUGUGGGACCGAGCAGCAACGGUGCAGAGCAUUCCAUAAAACUAGUGACAAUGUUACCACUGACGGCUAUCCCCUUGCUGGCUCUGAUGCUGUCGGACAAUGUUGUGGCCUUUGUUUCCAUCGGUGGAGGGGCAUCAAGUCAUGUCAGCAUUACGGGAACAGCUCUAUUGCAAAAAGUAAAAGAGACAUGUCGGGCUGUGGCAGAGGGUUCUGGUCAUGAGUUCAAUCCAACGGGUAACUCUCCAGAGGAGCUGGUCCAGGCCUGCCUCGGUCCAACAGCAGCUGGAGAAGUGUCGGCUGCAAAGUUCCGCUCAGCACUCCAAACGAUUUAUAUGCAGAAUGGAAAUGUAGACUGUCAACAUGCAGACAGCGCUCCACACCACUUCAACUCAGAGGCCUUCCUGGAAGGGCGGGGCCUUAUAACAGGUGGUGUGGCUGUCAUCAAGGUUAACCUCCGCAAUGAGAACUUCCAAGCUGCUAGAGAAACACUGGGCAAAGUUCUCCAUACCCUACAGGACUUCUACAGCCACAGUAACUGGGUGGAGUUGGGAUACACUGAGCCAUACGUUAAUCUCAUCCGCCCAGACCUCCCUCUGGAAAACCUGGCAGAUCGUGACACUGCCACCUGCAGUGACUGUGCCAGCGGGACAUGCCCCAACCAAAUCCUUCCCAACAUACUUCAAGAAAAGAAACUUACCUCAGGCUAUAUGGGAAACUCAUCUCCUACCAAACCAAAAGGUAAAUGCAGCCAUGGUGGUGCAGCUGACCAGACAAGCACGGUGGUUCCUCGUGGUGGUAUUAGCAAGGAUGAAAGGCGCUCCGACAACGCCGCCCUUCACACAGCUGCUGUCAGUGCAGCCACCGCUGCUAGCCUUCAGCUGUUGGAGGACAUACGGGGAGCUGCUGGAGACAAUGAUUUCUUGAGGAUGAUGGGGAUUGCUCGUUCGUCUGUUUUGUGUUUCGUCAUUGACACCACAGGCAGCAUGAGCGAUGACAUUGAUGAGGCCAAGGCGGUGGCUAAUGAUAUCAUUAACAGCAAAAGAGGAACACAGGAUGAGCCUUCUGAGUACAUCCUUGUCCCCUUCAAUGAUCCAAAGGUUGGACCCCUGAUAAGGACAAAUGAUGCUGAUGUGAUGAAAAAAAAGAUCGCAGAGCUCAAAGCAAACGGGGGUGGGGAUGAACCUGAGAUGUGCCUAUCAGGGCUCCGGUUGGCUCUAACUAGUGCACCUGCCUCCUCCUACAUCUAUGUAUUCACUGAUGCCACAGCGAAAGACAUUUAUCUGAGGGAUGCCAUCCUUGCCCUCAUCAGGAGCACCAAAACAACAGUGUCAUUCUUUCUGACAAACGUUAUUGGGAGGCGUCGUCGUUCUCUGACAGUUUCCUCCUUCGAUGGCUAUAGGGCCAUUACUCUAGCCUCUGGGGGCCAAGUGAUUCAGGUGUCCAAGACGAACCUGCCUGAAGCUACUGAUAUCAUUCUUGACACCUCCACCUCAGCCCUGGUGACUGUUCUCCAACGAUCCAGGAACCCUGGGAAACAGGAGAUGUUCCCUUUCACUUUGGAUGCAUCUCUGAAAAACAUCACUCUUUAUAUCACAGGAAACAAAAUUAGCUUUACAUUGACCAGCCCUGCAGGUGAGACCCAGAGCAACGAUGAGACCAGUGGUAAGCUGGGGAUCAUUCAGACCGUGGGUAACCUGAGGAGAAUUCGUUUGUAUGAAGACAAGGAGGCAGGCACCUGGCGCAUCAACAUAAACUCCAACGAGCCCUACACUCUCAAAGUCACAGGCCAGAGUAUCAUCACCUUUAUCUAUGACUUUGUGGAAGCAUUCCAGGGACCUCACCCAGGCUAUGCAGCUAUAACUGGACUUCCACAAGCAGGCCAGCCUGUCACCCUGUUGCUAUCUGUGAUGGGUAGGAAGGGUCCAUCUUCAGUUACUAUAAAUACAAUUGGCUUGGUAACCACAUCUGUUCCUGAGAAUGUCAGCAGUGGCACGCCAAUUGACAUGGGCAAUGGAGAUAUUGUGGUAACAAUUUCCAGUGUCCCUAAAGGGGAGUUUGUGGUCAUGCUUAACGGAACAGACACAGUUUCCAACACUCAAAUCCAGAGGCAAUCCACCACCCAGAUGUCCACCUCUAAAGUGGCCAUCAAGGCGGUAGUGGACAGCAGCAUGGAGCCUGGGAAAGUUGUCUCAAUCCCCUUCAGUGUGCUCACCCAGGGGCCCGGAGGCAAUUUCGCCAUCACUGCAAGAAAUGGCGAAGAAUUCCCAAUGUCCUAUCCAAAAACUCUCACCUUGACAACUGGUCAACAAAGUAAGGCAACCCUGACAAUCACACCGCCUGCCACCACACCAUCAGGCACUGAUGUCACCCUGAUCAUCGAAGCCAAGUCGCCCAGUGGAGCCGAUUCCAAUUAUGCUGUGCUAAGAUUCUCAGUUGCUAAUAAGAUUACAGAUUUUAUUCAGCCAUCAUGUGAAGUUGUUGAGGUACAAGCAGAUGGCUGCCCUGAGGAUGUGACUCACUGUGACGGUUACUGGUGGGAGCUUUCAGCCAACCUCACUGAUGGCAAUGGCACUGGCAUAGAGAGGAUUACCUUGCGCCAAGGUGGUGGCGAUUUCUCAUACACCUCCCUGAAUGCACCCCUCAUUCAUGCAACUUAUAAUGCCUCCUGCUGUUCACAGAUAGUCGAGUUUAUCGCCGUUGAUAAAGUUGGCAAUGUGGGCAAAUGCUACCAUUCUAUAGUCCGUUCCGGUGGAUCUCCUGCUUUGUCCCCUUCCCUUCUGCUAUGGUUGAGUCUGCUGGUGCCUGCCAUCAUUUCAUGGCCAUAAUGCCAUACACUUGAAAUGUUUUAUUUUUUGUUUGUUUGUGGUGCACAGGAAACCUAUCCUGGGAGAGGAUUUCAACUCAAUGUCUGAUGUAAUGUUAGAUGGGUUCCUCCCUCCUACUAAACCUACCAUCACAAAUCCAGAGUUCAGUAACAUACGUAUAUUCUGGUCUUGGUGUUACAGAUAUAUGGAGAUCUACACACCCAAACAAUAAGGAAUGCACCUGGUGUAAUAAGGAUAAAUCCAAGAAAUCAAAGAUUGAUUUAUGGUUGAUUUCAGACAUUUUUUUUUUUAAAUUUUCAGCUGUACCUAUAUGGUUUACAGAUCAUUUAACAAAAGGGAAUUAAAAAAAACAAACAAACAAAAAACCCUUUACUUCAGCUUGACGUGUUAGUUGUAAUGGCGGUAUAAAUUAAAGACAUGAAUAAUUAAAAAAAAGGAAAG